AUGGGGAAGACAGUGCUUACCUGCCGUAAGGGCAACGGCUCUGUGUACCAGGUGCAUGGCCACAAGCGGCUCGGACCCGCGAAGCUGCGCAUUCUCGACUACGCCGAGCGUCACGGUUUCAUGCGCGGUGUUGUGAAGGCCAUCGAACACGAGCCUGGUCGCGGUGCUCCGCUGGCGCGCGUUGAGUUCCGCCACCCGUAUAAAUACCGCCGCGUGAAGGAAUUGAUGGUCGCUCCGGAAGGCAUGUUCACCGGACAGUCGAUGCUCUGUGGUGUUAAGGCACCGCUUGCUAUUGGGAAUGUCCUGCCACUCGGUCAAAUCACGGAGGGUUGCAUCGUUUGCAACGUGGAGGCGAAGGUUGGCGACCGCGGUACCCUCGCCCGUGCUUCUGGCGACUAUUGCAUUAUUAUUUCGCACAACACUGAAACGGGUCGCACCCGCCUCAAGCUUCCAAGCGGCCAGAAGAAAACGGUUCCCAGCAGCUGCCGUGCCAUGAUUGGCAUCGUCGCCGGUGGUGGCCGUAUUGAAAAGCCGGUCCUUAAAGCCGGUAAUUCCUUCUACCGCUUCCGUGGCAAACGCAACUGCUGGCCCAAGGUACGUGGUGUGGCUCGUAACCCCGUGGAGCACCCUCACGGUGGUGGUAACCAUCAACAUAUUGGCCACCCCUCCACCGUCUCGCGCCACGCCCCACCCGGACAGAAGGUUGGUUUAAUUGCCGCCCGUCGCACGGGUCGGAUUCGCGGUAGCAGAGCUGUCAGGGGCGCAUGGCAUCCUGAAGAGUAA